CGUGCAUUGGGUUCAAAUUCUUCCUUAAACAUAAUAAUAUUUGAAUAGACAAAAUGGCAGGAUUUUUCUUUUCGGCAGAUCCUAGGAAUUUUUAUCAGAGUAGUGGAAUGGUUGGUGGUGGAAACUUUAUACAACAAAAUCCAUUUGGUAUGGUCAGUCCAGCGCAAUAUGGUAUGGUCAGUUCAACGCCUUAUGGCAUGGUCAAUCCAACGUCAUAUGGUAUGGUCAGUUCAACGCCUUAUGGCAUGGUCAAUCCAACUGCAUAUGGUAUGGUCAAUCCAACAUCUUACGUCGGACUGGUAGCACAACCACAGCGACAAGUCACUAUGUGCCCUGCUCACGGCAUAGAAAUAUCACCGUAUGUCCGCAGUCCCAGUUGCUCUGGUUUACUUGCUAUCCAAAGCAACGAUACCGAUAACGUGGAUACACCUAGGAUGAGAACUCCUUUUUUGGAGGAAGUUCGGGAUAAUACGCAAUUGGUCCCAAGAAAGCCUAAAGUUAGUCCCUCCGUACAGAACGAAACUUAUGCGCUAAAUGAUUGCAAAAAAUAUUUAGAUAAUUUGAGCCAGAAAAUUUCUGAUUCUGAAAAGAGGAUUGCUGAUUCUAGAAACGUUAUUGUUGAUUCUGUAAAGGUUUUUGCUGAUUUGAAAAAGAAAAGGGACAUGGAGGUCGGCAAACAAGAGAGAGAAAAGGAAAAACAUGAACAACUCUUAAGGAAAUUGCGCGGUUUGCAAAUUAAGGAUUCUUCCAGGAAAUGUACCAUAUGCAUGGACCGUGAGAAAAAUGCCGUAAUUUUACCGUGUGGCCACACUACCUGUAUGGAGUGUGCCACAGAAGUUUAUGUGGGGGAAAACCAGCGCUGUCCAAUAUGUAGGGCAGAUAUUCAAGACAUUAACCCAUUGUACUUCGACUAAGAUUGAAAAACUAUGAUUGAAUUUAAUUUGAACGAAUUUUGAUGGUCAACAAAUAGUUGAUAAAUUUGAUUGAUACAAAAAAAAUAUUUUUUCAAGUUUUUGUGUGUAAUGAAAACAAUAAUGUCAGCCGGCCUACAGAGUGCUGUCAUUAUUUCUUUUGUUUAUUUUAUGGCCAUAAUCUAAGGGAACAACCACAUAACUUCACAGGGGGUAUGGUUAGGAAAAAACCGUAACACAACCCCUCCCCCAUUGAAGUUAAAUGUUCGUUCCCUAAUACAUCUUUUUUUACAAUUGUCAAAUUUAAUAUAUACAUACGUAAUAUAUACGAGAAUAUGUUGCAAAGGAAGGGACGUUCAUGCUAAUUUUUUACCCAAUCGCCAGUUCCGGGAUACGUACGGUAGUCAUGUGACGAAAAUGUUGGCAUCGUCACUUCCAACACAUGUUGAGCGAACGGGUGAAAAAGUUUGAUCUUAUACUGCACAAACUAUUUGGGAAAUUAAAAUCUAACAAGUUGGUCAACCUCCCUUCAGUCGUACGGGAAUUAAGAUCACGUACUUACGGAACAUGAGUUAUUUCUAGACUACCCUGCAGAAUGACGAGUAUUACAAUAUGAAAUGUUCUUAUUUAAAUUAGGAAACGGAUUAAUAUAAUUAAGUUAACAGUUUCCGGAUCCUAUUAAUUAUUCAAUUGUAUCAAUAUGUAAAUACCAAAUUGUGUACAUUAUUUAACUUGAAUUUAAUUAAUAAAAUAUGUUUACACUAAUGACGAUUCUGAAAGUGCUUGAAACUUUAAUUGAGCAGGGAUACAGGCGCGACUAUUAUCUGGUAAAUGACGUCAUAAAGGCGUGCAAAAUUAACGAUCUUUUCCGGUGAAAGACAUGUUUCGAGAAAUAGGCUUUAUAUAAAGAACUAUAGUAAAUUUGCAGAAAAUGUUUGGGCUUAAUAAUAUAUAUAGCUAUUGACAUAAUCUUACUAAAAUAAACUUGUUUCUCGGUGCGCACGAUUUAUUCAAGAAAGGAAGUAUUAAUGGAGAACUGCAUAAGUUCGGUGGUUUUCUUUGUUUUCUUGAAAAAAGGCGCAUAUGAUGACGUAAUUCAAUUGUGAUGUCAUAACAUCAAAAGUCCUCAAUAUUUCGUUAUAAUUGUGGUUUUUUUUUUCGGUAUAAUUUAGACAAAUUUCAGAACAUGUACGGUGACUUUUUAAUUUACACUUAUUUUUGGGUCAAACAAGGGUCUUAUUGACCCUAGUCUUCUACUCUUGUACAGAUUCAGCUCAAGAACACUCUAAUCGAAAUAUAUGUUUACUUCUGGGGUCCUUUUGAUAAUCUCCUAACCUGUAUUUCUUUGAUAUUGUUAUUCCCGUUUGAUGUGUCUUUUUAACAUUUUAAAACUUCAUGUAUAUAAAUGAAUUUUUAUCGCAGCGACAUGAUUUCAAACUAAAACAAACUGCUGUGUUAACAAAAGCAAACUCUGUAUGAACCAGCUUUUGCAUUUGUAUGAUCGAUAGCAUGAUGUUUUUUUCCAUGUGCCACUUAACAGUCUGAUGUACCGAUCUGAGAAUAUUUAACAUAAUUUUUAGAUAAUAAACAUGACAAAUGCUA